AUGGCCUCGCUCGAAGCAAAGCUCCAGGCAGCAACCUCGACCUACACCAAGCUCGAGAACGACUACGCUCGCGCUGUCGAGUCUCGCCAGCGCCUCGACGCCCAAAAGACCGAGAACGAGGGCGUCAAAAAGGAGCUCGCCAACCUCACCGACAGCAACUCGGUCUUCAAGCUUGUCGGCCCCAUCCUCAUGAAGCAGGACCAGUCCGAGGCCCGCCACAACGUCGACAAGCGCCUCGAGUGGAUCGCCGGCGAGAUCACCCGGGUCGAGGCGAGCCUCAAGGACCUCGAGACAAAGGUCGAGAGCAAGCGCAUGGAGAUCGUUCACCUACAAGGCCAGUUCCAGCAGCAGCAGCAAGCCUCGGGCGCAGCGCCCAUCGCCGCCUGA